AUGGCGGAUGCCGGUCUCCUCGGCACUGGAGCUUCGUCCGACCCAUUCGUCACCGACGAUGCCGAGGGGCCGACUAGGUGUGACCUUCCCUGGACUUUGAGGGCAACCGAGGAGGUCACAAUUCUGACGGAUGUCUUUAGCGAAUGGGUCUCGCUGGACCACAACGGCAACCUCUACUACUCGGACCAAGAUCGUAAGUCCGUGAACAAGAUCGAGGCUGGCCUUUUGCUCAACCUCGUCCACGGCGAGGUGGCCCCUAGCGAUGUCUCACGCCGCUCCGCCAGCCGUGCUGCUUCGGAGAAGCUUGUUGAGGAGGGGAAGCAGGCCAUGCAGAUAGUGGACAAAGCUCGUGAUCCAUUGGCAUUUGCUGCAGACCCCAUGGGGAAUGCCGGGGACGGCCUCAAGGCAGGUGCGGAGCUGAUGGGCAACAUGGCGAAAUCCGCCGCGGCAUUGGCACCGGACUUGCCUCUCACGAGCGUGGGAGACGCUUCCGUCAUGGAGCUAUUCCAGGAUCAAACGUCCCGUGCUGGCUGCUGCUUUACAUCGGUUUUAGCACUGCGUAUGGACCAGGGAGCUCGGGGCUUCUUUAUGAAGUUCAUGGCUGUCCUGUUCUUCAUCAUGACGUUCGGGCAGAUUGGUCAGCUCGCCUACUGCUGGCUCAUGGCUGGGGGUUUGCUAUGGGCCUUCCUGUCAACCUUCGGCUUCGAACAAGAUGACAUCAUUGCCAUCCUGGCUGCGUUGGCCGGGCUACGCGCUGUGCCUUUCUUGUACAAGCGCCUCCUGACCCUGGUGGCCACCUAUCCCCUGUCCCUGACCUUCAAGUUCGCCUCCCAGAUUUUGCCCAAGUACACCAUCGAGGAGGCGGAGUUCUUCAGCUGUGAUGGUGCCUCGCCCGAGGUGGCAGAGCGAAGGAAGAACUCCAUCAAGGAGCUCAGUGAGAAGUGGAAGAAGAAGUACCCCAAGUGCCACGAGUUCUCCGUGGAGUUGAAGAAGAUGAUCUCAGACCUUCGCUUCACCUCUGCUAGGUGCUUCCCGGCCUUCAACGGCGUGGUCCAGAAAUACCUGGAUCCUUCGAUGGCCCUGGAUCGCACCGAGGGCGUCGACGUGGUCGACCUCGAUCAAAACAGUGCCAUGGACAUCUCCGGAUCCUAUGGUGUCAAUGUCUGCGGCUAUGAGAAGUACAAGGACUUCAUCGAGGAAGGAUGGUCCAGUGCCAAGAAGCAGGGCCUCUUCCUGGGCUCGCUGGACAAUAUCGUUCUGGACAACAUCGCACGCUUGCGUAAGGUCUCUGGCCAGGAUGAGGUGUCCUUCCACAUGUCUGGCACAGAGGCAGUGAUGUGCGCCGUGCGUGUGGCACGCUUCAACACCAAGAAGCCACUGGUCGUAACCUUCGGUGGUGCUUACCAUGGCUGGUGGGACGGAAUGCAACCUGUGGCCGGUAAUGAGCGGUUGCCACAGGACGUGCUUUGCUUGAAGGAUAUGAACAACCUGUCCUUGCAGGUGAUUCAACUUCGUAGCAGCGAGAUCGCCGCGGUCCUCGUGAAUCCCCUUCAAUGCUUCCAUCUCAACCAGUCUCCACCUGGCGAUGCUGUCUUGUCCACCAACAAUCGCAAAGUGGGUCCUACGCCAGGUUACAAAGAGUGGCUGCACAAGUUGAAGGAGACCUGCACCAAAGCAGGCGUUUGCCUGAUCUUCGAUGAGGUUUACACGGGCUUCCGCCUUCAUCCUCGAGGAGCACAGGGUGCCUAUGAUGUGAAGGCUGACAUCGUUUGCUACGGGAAGACCCUCGGUGGCGGGCUUCCUAUUGGCGUGGUGUGCGGUCCCAAGGAGCUUAUGGCCCGUGGAGACGCGAAGAAGGCAGCACGGAUCAACUACGUCAUCGGAACUUUCGCAGGCCACCCCUUCGUGAUGGCCUGCAUGAAUGCCUUUCUGAAGUGGCUGGAGGAGCCGGCUACCGUGAAGUCCUAUGACGAGAUGCACGCCAACAUCGAUGCUUUCAUCAAGGCUGCGAACAAGAAGUUCGAGGAGAAGGGAUACCCGGUCCAGCUCACCAACUGGUUUUCCGUCUGGUCCAUCCUUUACACGAAGCCGGGCCGCUACCACUGGAUUUUCCAGUACUUCCUCAAGGAUGCAGGCGUGAACCUGAGCUGGGUGGGUACCGGUCGUCUACUCUUCUCCCUUGAGUGGAAGAAGGCAGACUUCGACCGUUUGCUGGACCGGCUCUUGGCCGCUUGCGAGCUGAUGCAGAAGGGAGGUUGGUGGGAGGAGCCCAAAGCCAAUAUCAAGGCAAAGCUGGGCGUGGAGAUCGGCACAGCAGUGUUCAAGAACGUCCUCGGGUUGUCCGGUUGA